UGCCGUCCCCGCGCCGCGCCCCGCCGCACGCGCCCCUGAUACCCCUAGCCCGGGCGGUGGUCCGGCCGCGGGCGCGUCGUCGGGGACUCAGCCCCGUUGUUUUCACCCCCUUUCUGCCAGCGCACCUCGGUGGGGGACGGGGAGACAAGGGGCGGCGAUCCAAGAUGGUGGCCUCGGCCGCCAUUGUGCGCCCCUGUUGCCUGGGUGUUCCUGGGGGCCCCUUUCCCGCCCGAGGCCGCGGCGACCGGAGGCGGGCGGCGCUCCGCGGAGGGCGGGGCCGCCCCGUCCCCUGCAGGCCUUUCCCCGGCCCGCGGCGGGGUGAGAAGGAGGAGCCCGCCGCGGGGCCCGUUGGCUCCCUGACCUCUGCUUGCCCACCCCCAUUGGGAGCUCUCCAAAGGGUCACCUUGGUGCGUGGCCGGUGGUGUCGCGUAUUGCUCGGAACGGUGUCUUACCCGGGACCCCUCGGCACGUCCUCAAGCCCGAGUGGGUUGCAUGCUUCUCAGCUGUGACCCUGCUCCUUUUUGUGACUUUUAAAACCUGCCUUCGUAGCGCUCGGCCGACCCUUAGGGCCCCUGGCAGUGCUAAGCGCGCACCACCAUUUAACUGGCUCUUCUGUCAGAAAACUAGUGUCUUUCCCACUGCUGUUCCUCAGCCCCCUCUCUUUCCCCUUGCUUUCUCACCUGCUCUGGGACCACUUGCCCAAAGACCUCCCUUCUCCCCCUGCCGGCCCAAUCAUGGCAGAGAACGAUGUGGACAACGAGCUCUUGGACUACGAAGACGAUGAAGUGGAGACAGCAGCGGGGGGAGAUGGGACCGAAGCUCCUGCCAAGAAAGAUGUCAAGGGCUCCUACGUCUCCAUCCACAGCUCCGGCUUCCGAGACUUCCUGCUCAAGCCAGAGCUGCUCCGGGCCAUCGUUGACUGUGGCUUUGAGCAUCCAUCCGAGGUCCAGCAUGAAUGCAUCCCGCAGGCCAUUCUGGGGAUGGACGUCCUGUGCCAGGCCAAAUCAGGCAUGGGAAAGACAGCAGUGUUCGUCUUGGCCACGCUGCAGCAGCUGGAGCCAAUCACUGGGCAGGUGUCUGUGCUGGUGAUGUGCCACACCAGGGAGCUGGCUUUUCAGAUCAGCAAGGAAUAUGAGCGCUUCUCCAAGUACAUGCCGAAUGUCAAGGUGGCAGUGUUUUUUGGUGGUCUGUCUAUCAAGAAGGAUGAAGAGGUGCUGAAGAAGAACUGCCCGCACAUUGUCGUGGGGACUCCUGGCCGAAUUCUAGCCCUGGCUCGAAAUAAGAGCCUGAACCUCAAGCACAUUAAACACUUUAUCUUGGACGAAUGUGACAAGAUGCUUGAACAGCUCGACAUGCGUCGGGAUGUCCAGGAAAUUUUUCGCAUGACCCCCCAUGAGAAGCAGGUCAUGAUGUUCAGUGCUACCUUGAGCAAAGAGAUCCGGCCAGUCUGCCGCAAGUUCAUGCAAGAUCCUAUGGAGAUCUUCGUGGAUGACGAGACCAAGUUGACGCUGCACGGGUUGCAGCAAUACUACGUGAAACUGAAGGACAACGAGAAGAACCGGAAGCUCUUUGACCUUCUUGAUGUCCUCGAGUUCAACCAGGUGGUGAUCUUUGUGAAGUCCGUGCAGAGGUGCAUCGCCCUGGCCCAGCUUCUAGUGGAGCAGAACUUCCCAGCCAUUGCUAUCCACCGUGGGAUGCCCCAGGAGGAGAGGCUGUCUCGGUAUCAGCAGUUCAAGGAUUUCCAGAGGCGGAUUCUUGUGGCUACCAACCUGUUUGGCCGAGGCAUGGACAUUGAGCGUGUGAACAUCGCCUUCAACUAUGACAUGCCAGAGGACUCGGACACCUACCUACACCGGGUGGCCAGAGCAGGCCGGUUUGGUACCAAGGGCUUGGCCAUCACAUUUGUGUCGGAUGAGAAUGAUGCUAAGAUCCUCAAUGACGUGCAGGACCGCUUUGAGGUCAACAUCAGCGAGCUGCCUGAUGAGAUCGACAUCUCCUCCUACAUUGAACAGACGCGGUAGAGGAAUCACCCACUCUGGACUGUGGCAGUCUGUCUGUCCAGUCAGAAGAGGACACCAGGGAUCAGGGUGGAGACACCACUGGCCCCGCCCCCACCAGCCCUCAUCCUAUCCUGUCCACGCUUCCCUCUGCAACAUCACCACUCCUACACCUCUUCCUGAUUUAUCAGAGUUGUUUGUUUGUUUGUUUGUUUGUUUUUUUAACAAAACGAAGAAUGAAACAGCUGUGUCUGUGG